GACAGCACCGGUCAGGAGCGACCGGCCACGACGAGAGACGAAGCCGCCAGUGAAGUAUGGAGACUUUGUGGUCACGCGAAAGAAGCGCUGAGGAAUCAUGCGUGAAGAGUUAUUUUGCUUUCCAUAGUAUAACUCACUAUGAGGCCAUUGGCGUGAAGGAAGAUGCGAGCCAAGAAGAAAUCCGUAAAACUUAUCGAUCCGCCAUCCUCGCUCUCCAUCCGGAUAAGCUGCUGGAUUCAUCCGAGCAAUCAAAUCCCCACGGGAGUGAGUUUCUCGAGGUGCAAAGGGCGUGGAAAGUGCUCGGUGAUCCGGGAUCACGGGCCCUCUACGACCGUGAUUUGAGGACGCUGAGACAGGAAGCUGUCGCUGCAGAAGACGUAAGCGUAGGAGAUAUGAUGGUUGUCGAAGAAGACGAGGAUGGAGGGGGUUUCGACCUGUCCUAUCAAUGCAGGUGUGGUGAUUUCUUCUGUAUUAGUUCUUGUGAAUUGGAUGAAAUGGGGUCUCGGUUUUCGAGAAAACGAGGUGAGGUUUCGUUGCAUUCGUCUUCGUCUUUACCAGCAUCGAUUGUUCUUCCGUGUGGGUCGUGCUCUCUGAAACUACGGCUAGUCAUUGAUUGAGGCCAGUGUUGAUUGAAUUGGUAAUUUCACUGAGUUGAAUGAUGGAUUUUGCUUUGGAUUUCCAUUCAUUAAAGCAUGGCUUUGAGUUGAAAAUGUGUUUUUUGCUCUAUUUGAUGU